ACCCAGCAGGCUCCUUCAGGCUACAUUCUAUUUGCUCUUUUGGUGAACAAGGUUCACAUUUAUUGCCAAAAGAUGUCUACUCUCCUAGAAAACAUCUUUGCCAUAAUUAAUCUUUUCAAGCAAUAUUCAAAAAAAGAUAAAAACACUGACACAUUGAGUAAAAAAGAGCUGAAGGAACUUCUGGAAAAGGAAUUUCGGCAAAUCCUGAAGAAUCCAGAUGACCCAGAUAUGGUUGAUGUCUUCAUGGAUCACUUGGAUAUAGACCACAACAAGAAAAUUGACUUCACUGAGUUUCUUCUGAUGGUAUUCAAGUUGGCUCAAGCAUAUUAUGAGUCUACCAGAAAAGAGAAUUUACCGACAUCAGGACACAAGCACAGAAAGCACAGUGAUCAUGAUAAACAUGAAGAUAAUAAACAGGAAGAAAACAAAGAAAACAGAAAAAGACCCUCAAGUCUGGAAAGAAGAAACAAUAGAAAAGGGAAUAAGGGAAGAUCCAAGAGCCCAAGAGAAACAGGGGGGAAAAGGCAUGAAUCUAGUUCUGAAAAAAAAGAAAGAAAAGGAUAUUCACCUACUCAUAGAGAAGAAGAAUAUGGAAAAAACCAUCAUAACUCAAGUAAAAAAGAGAAAAACAAGACGGAAAAUACUAGAUUAGAAGACAAUAGGAAGAAGCUAAGUGAAAGGCUUGAAGAGAAAGAAGACAAUGAAGAAGGAGGAUAUGAUUAUGAAAAUACAGGAAGAAUGACUCAAAAAUGGAUACAAUCAGGCCAUAUUGCCACAUAUUACACAAUCCAGGAUGAAGCCUAUGACACCACUGAUAAUCUAUUAGAAGAAAACAAAAUAUAUGAAAGAUCAAGGUCAUCUGAUGAUAAAUCGUCAUCUCAGGUGAACAGGUCAAGACAUGCAAAUACAAGCCAGGUACCAUUGCAGGAGUCCAGGACAAGAAAGCGUAGAGGAUCCAGAGUUAGCCAGGACAGGGACAGUGAGGGACACUCAGAAGAAUCUGAGAGGCACUCUGGGUCAGCUUCCAGAAACCAUCAUGGAUCUGCACGGGAGCACUCAAGAGAUGGCUCCACACACCCCAGGUCCCAUGAUGAAGACAGAGCCAGUCAUGGGCACUCUGCAGACAGCUCCAGACAAUCAGGUACUCGUCACGCAAAGACUUCCUCUCAUGGACAGGCUGCAUCAUCCCAUGAACAGGCAAGAUCAAGUCCAGGAGACAGACACGGAUCCCGCCACCAGCAGUCAGCAGACAGCUCCAGACACUCAGGCAUUCGGCACGGACAAGCUUCAUCUGCAGUCAGAGAUAGUGGACACUGGGGGUCCAGUGGUAGUCAAGCCAGUGAUAGUGAGGGACAUUCAGAAGAGUCAGACACACAGUCAGUGUCAGGCCAUGGACAGGCUGGGCCCCAUCAGCAGAGCCACCAAGAGUCCGCACGUGACUGGUCAGGGGGAAGGUCUGGACAUUCAGGGUCUUUCCUCUACCAGGUGAGCACUCAUGAACAGUCUGAGUCUGCCCAUGGGCGGACCGGUACCAGCACUGGAGGAAGACAAAGAUCCCACCACGAGCAGGCACGAGACAGCUCCAGGCACUCAGCGUCCCAAGAGGGUCAGGACACCAUUCGUGCACACCCGGGGUCAAGCAGAGGAGGAAGGCAGGGAUCCCACCAUGAGCAAUCGGUAGAUAGAUCUGGACACUCAGGUUCCCAUCACAGCCACACCACAUCCCAGGGAAGGUCUGAUGCCUCCCGUGGGCAGUCAGGAUCCAGAAGUGCAAGCAGACAAACUCGUAAUGAUGAACAAUCAGGAGACGGCUCCAGGCACUCAGGGUUGCAUCACCAUGAAGCUUCCACUCAGGCCGACAGCUCCAGACACUCACAGUCCGUCCAGGGACAAUCAGCGGGGCCCAGGACAAGCAGGCACGAGGGAUCCAGUGUUAGCCAGGACAGUGACAGUCAGGGACACUCAGAAGACUCUGAGAGGUGGUCUGGGUCUGCUUCCAGAAACCAUCAUGGAUCUGCUCGGGAGCAGUCAAGAGAUGGCUCCAGACACCCUGGGUCCCACCAAGAAGACAGAGCCGGUCACGGGCACUCUGCAGACAGCUCCAGACACUCAGGCACUCGUCACACAGAGUCUUCCUCUUGUGGACAGGCUGCGUCAUCCCAUGAACAGGCAAGAUCAAGUGCAGGAGAGAGACAUGGAUCCCGCCACCAGCAGUCAGCAGACAGCUCCAGACACUCAGGCAUUGGGCAUGGACAAGCUUCAUCUGCAGUCAGAGACAGUGGAAACCGAGGGUCCAGUGGUAGUCAGGCCAGUGACAGUGAAGGACAUUCAGAAGACUCAGACACACAGUCAGUGUCAGCCCACGGACAGGCUGGGCCCCGUCAGCAGAGCCACCAAGAGUCCCCACAUGGCCGGUCAGGGGAAAGGUCUGGACGUUCAGGGUCUUUCCGCUACCAGGUGAGCACUCAUGAACAGUCUGAGUACUCCCAUGGAUGGACAGAGCCCAGCACCAGAGGAAGACAAGGAUCCCGCCAUGAGCAGGCACAAGACAGCUCCAGGCACUCAGCAUCCCAAGACAAUCAGGACACCAUUCGUGGACACCCGGGGUCAAGCAGAGGAGGAAGGCAGGGGUACCACCACCAGCAAUCGGUAGAUAGCUCUGGACACUCAGGGUCCCAUCACAGCCACACAACAUCCCAGGGAAGCUCUCAUGCCUCCCAUGGGCAGUCAGGAUCCAGAAGUGCAAGCAGAACAACACGUAAUGAGGAACAAUCAGGAGACGGCUCCAGGCACUCAGGGUCGCGUCACCAUGAAGCUUCCACUCAUGCCGACAGCUCUAGACACUCACAGGCGGGCCAGGGACAAUCAGAGGGGUCCAGGACAAGCAGGCGCCAGGGAUCCAGUGUUAGCCAGGACAGUGACAGUCAGGGACACUCAGAAGACUCUGAGAGGCAGUCUGAGUCGGCUUCCAGAAACCAUUAUGGAUCUGCUCGGGAGCAGUCAAGACAUGGCUCCAGGAACCCCAGGUCCCAUCAAGAAGACAGAGCCAGUCACGGGCACUCUGCAGACAGCUCCAGACAAUCAGGCACUCGUCACACAGAGACUUCCUCUCAUGGACAGGCUGCGUCAUCCCAGGAACAGGCAAGGUCAAGUCCAGGAGAAAGACAUGGAUCCCGACACCAGCAGUCAGCAGACAGCUCCACAGACUCAGGCACUGGGCACAGACAAGCUUCAUCUGUAGUCAGAGACAGUGGAAACCGAGGGUCCAGUGGUAGUCAGGCCAGUGACAGCGAGGGACACUCAGAAGACUCAGACACACAGUCAGUGUCAGCCCACGGACAGGCUGGGCCCCGUCAGCAGAGCCACCAAGAGUCCACACGUGCCCAGUCAGGGGAAAGGUCUGGACGUUCAGGGUCUUUCCUCUACCAGGUGAGCUCUCAUGAACAGUCUGAGUCCGUCCAUGGACAGACCGGGACCAGCACUGGAGGAAGACAAAGAUCCCGCCAUGAGCAGGCACGAGACAAGUCCAGGCACUCAGCAUCCCAAGAGGGUCAGGACACCAUUCAUGGACACCCGGGGUCAAGCAGAGGAGGAAGGCAGGGAUCCCACUACGAGCAAUCGGUAGAUAGGUCUGGACACUCAGGGUCUCAUCACAGCCACACCACAUCCCAGGGAAGGUCUGAUGCCUCCCAUGGGCAGUCAGGAUCCAGAAGUGCAAGCAGACAAACACGUAAUGAGGAACAAUCAGGAGAUGGCUCCAGGCACUCAGGGUCGCGUCACCAUGAAGCUUCCUCUCGGGCCGACAGCUCUAGACACUCGCAGGUGGGCCAGGGACAAUCAUCGGGGCCCAGGACAAGCAGGAACCAGGGAUCCAGUGUUAACCAGGACAGUGACAGUCAGGGACACUCAGAAGACUCUGAGAGGUGGUCUGGGUCUGCUUCCAGAAACCAUCGUGGAUCUGCUCAGGAGCAGUCAAGACACGGCUCCAGACACCCCAGGUCCCAUCAAGAAGACAGAGCCGGUCACGGGCACUCUGCAGACAGCUCCAGACAAUCAGGCACUCGUCACACAGAGACUUCCUCUGGUGGACAGGCUGCAUCAUCCCAUGAACAGGCAAGAUCAAGUCCAGGAGACAGACACGGAUCCCGCCACCAGCAGUCAGCAGACAGCUCCAGACACUCAGGCAUUGGGCGUGGACAAGCUUCAUCUGCAGUCACAGACAGUGGACACUGGGGGUCCAGUGGUAGUCAGGCCAGUGACAGUGAGGGACAUUCAGAAGAGUCAGACACACAGUCAGUGUCAGGCCAUGGACAGGCUGGGCCCCAUCAGCAGAGCCACCAAGAGUCCACACGUGACCGGUCAGGGGGAAGGUCUGGACGUUCAGGGUCUUUCCUCUACCAGGUGAGCACUCAUGAACGGUCUGAGUCUGCCCAUGGGCGGACCAGUACCAGCACUGGAGGAAGACAAGGAUCCCACCAUGAGCAGGCACGAGACAGUUCCAGGCACUCAGCGUCCCAAGAGGGUCAGGACACCAUUCGUGCACACCCGGGGUCAGGCAGAGGAGGAAGGCAGGGAUCCCACCACGAGCAAUCGGUAGAUAGGUCUGGACACUCAGGGUCCCAUCACAGCCACACCACAUCCCAGGGAAGGUCUGAUGCCUCCCAUGGGCAGUCAGGAUCCAGAAGUGCAAGCAGACAAACUCGUAAUGACGAACAAUCAGGAGAUGGCUCCAGGCACUCAGGUUCGCAUCACCAUGAAGCUUCCACUCAGGCCGACAGCUCUAGACACUCACAGUCUGGCCAGGGACAAUCAGCGGGGCCCAGGACAAGCGGGCACCAGGGAUCCAGUGUUAGCCAGGACAGUGACAGUCAGGGACACUCAGAAGACUCUGAGAGGUGGUCUGGGUCUGCUUCCAGAAACCAUCAUGGAUCUGCUCGGGAGCAGUCAAGACAUGGCUCCAGACACCCUGGGUCCCACCAAGAAGACAGAGCCAGUCACGGGCACUCUGCAGACAGCUCCAAACAAUCAGGCACUCGUCACACAGAGUCUUCCUCUCGUGGACAGGCUGCAUCAUCCCAUGAACAGGCAAGAUCAAGUGCAGGAGAAAGACAUGGAUCCCGACACCAGCAGUCAGCAGACAGCUCCACAGACUCAGGCACUGGGCGCAGACAAGCUUCAUCUGUAGUCAGAGACAGUGGAAACCGAGGGUCCAGUGGUAGUCAGGCCAGUGACAGCGAGGGACACUCAGAAGACUCAGACACACAGUCAGUGUCAGCCCACGGACAGGCUGGGCCCCGUCAGCAGAGCCACCAAGAGUCCACACGUGCCCAGUCAGGGGAAAGGUCUGGACGUUCAGGGUCUUUCCUCUACCAGGUGAGCUCUCAUGAACAGUCUGAGUCCGUCCAUGGACAGACCAGGACCAGCACUGGAGGAAGACAAAGAUCCCGCCAUGAGCAGGCACGAGACAAGUCCAGGCACUCAGCAUCCCAAGAGGGUCAGGACACCAUUCAUGGACACCCGGGGUCAAGCAGAGGAGGAAGGCAGGGAUCCCACUACGAGCAAUCGGUAGAUAGGUCUGGACACUCAGGGUCUCAUCACAGCCACACCACAUCCCAGGGAAGGUCUGAUGCCUCCCAUGGGCAGUCAGGAUCCAGAAGUGCAAGCAGACAAACACGUAAUGAGGAACAAUCAGGAGAUGGCUCCAGGCACUCAGGGUCGCGUCACCAUGAAGCUUCCUCUCGGGCCGACAGCUCUAGACACUCGCAGGUGGGCCAGGGACAAUCAUCGGGGCCCAGGACAAGCAGGAACCAGGGAUCCAGUGUUAACCAGGACAGUGACAGUCAGGGACACUCAGAAGACUCUGAGAGGUGGUCUGGGUCUGCUUCCAGAAACCAUCGUGGAUCUGCUCAGGAGCAGUCAAGACACGGCUCCAGACACCCCAGGUCCCAUCAAGAAGACAGAGCCGGUCACGGGCACUCUGCAGACAGCUCCAGACAAUCAGGCACUCGUCACACAGAGACUUCCUCUGGUGGACAGGCUGCAUCAUCCCAUGAACAGGCAAGAUCAAGUCCAGGAGACAGACACGGAUCCCGCCACCAGCAGUCAGCAGACAGCUCCAGACACUCAGGCAUUGGGCGUGGACAAGCUUCAUCUGCAGUCACAGACAGUGGACACUGGGGGUCCAGUGGUAGUCAGGCCAGUGACAGUGAGGGGCAUUCAGAAGAGUCAGACACACAGUCAGUGUCAGGCCAUGGACAGGCUGGGCCCCAUCAGCAGAGCCACCAAGAGUCCACACGUGACCGGUCAGGGGGAAGGUCUGGACGUUCAGGGUCUUUCCUCUACCAGGUGAGCACUCAUGAACGGUCUGAGUCUGCCCAUGGGCGGACCGGUACCAGCACUGGAGGAAGACAAGGAUCCCACCAUGAGCAGGCACGAGACAGUUCCAGGCACUCAGCGUCCCAAGAGGGUCAGGACACCAUUCGUGCACACCCGGGGUCAGGCAGAGGAGGAAGGCAGGGAUCCCACCACGAGCAAUCGGUAGAUAGGUCUGAACACUCAGGGUCCCAUCACAGCCACACCACAUCCCAGGGAAGGUCUGAUGCCUCCCAUGGGCAGUCAGGAUCCAGAAGUGCAAGCAGACAAACUCGUAAUGAUGAACAAUCAGGAGAUGGCUCCAGGCACUCAGGUUCGCAUCACCAUGAAGCUUCCACUCAGGCCGACAGCUCUAGACACUCACAGUCUGGCCAGGGACAAUCAGCGGGGCCCAGGACAAGCGGGCACCAGGGAUCCAGUGUUAGCCAGGACAGUGACAGUCAGGGACACUCAGAAGACUCUGAGAGGUGGUCUGGGUCUGCUUCCAGAAACCAUCAUGGAUCUGCUCGGGAGCAGUCAAGACAUGGCUCCAGACACCCUGGGUCCCACCAAGAAGACAGAGCCAGUCACAGGCACUCUGCAGACAGCUCCAAACAAUCAGGCACUCGUCACACAGAGUCUUCCUCUCGUGGACAGGCUGCAUCAUCCCAUGAACAGGCAAGAUCAAGUGCAGGAGAAAGACAUGGAUCCCGACACCAGCAGUCAGCAGACAGCUCCACAGACUCAGGCACUGGGCGCAGACAAGCUUCAUCUGUAGUCAGAGACAGUGGAAACCGAGGGUCCAGUGGUAGUCAGGCCAGUGACAGCGAGGGACACUCAGAAGACUCAGACACACAGUCAGUGUCAGCCCACGGACAGGCUGGGCCCCGUCAGCAGAGCCACCAAGAGUCCACACGUGCCCAGUCAGGGGAAAGGUCUGGACGUUCAGGGUCUUUCCUCUACCAGGUGAGCUCUCAUGAACAGUCUGAGUCCGUCCAUGGACAGACCAGGACCAGCACUGGAGGAAGACAAAGAUCCCGCCAUGAGCAGGCACGAGACAAGUCCAGGCACUCAGCAUCCCAAGAGGGUCAGGACACCAUUCAUGGACACCCGGGGUCAAGCAGAGGAGGAAGGCAGGGAUCUCACUACGAGCAAUCGGUAGAUAGGUCUGGACACUCAGGGUCUCAUCACAGCCACACCACAUCCCAGGGAAGGUCUGAUGCCUCCCAUGGGCAGUCAGGAUCCAGAAGUGCAAGCAGACAAACACGUAAUGAGGAACAAUCAGGAGAUGGCUCCAGGCACUCAGGGUCGCGUCACCAUGAAGCUUCCUCUCGGGCCGACAGCUCUAGACACUCGCAGGUGGGCCAGGGACAAUCAUCGGGGCCCAGGACAAGCAGGAACCAGGGAUCCAGUGUUAACCAGGACAGUGACAGUCAGGGACACUCAGAAGACUCUGAGAGGUGGUCUGGGUCUGCUUCCAGAAACCAUCGUGGAUCUGCUCAGGAGCAGUCAAGACACGGCUCCAGACACCCCAGGUCCCAUCAAGAAGACAGAGCCGGUCACGGGCACUCUGCAGACAGCUCCAGACAAUCAGGCACUCAUCACACAGAGACUUCCUCUGGUGGACAGGCUGCAUCAUCCCAUGAACAGGCAAGAUCAAGUCCAGGAGACAGACACGGAUCCCGCCACCAGCAGUCAGCAGACAGCUCCAGACACUCAGGCAUUGGGCGCAGACAAGCUUCAUCUGCAGUCACAGACAGUGGACACUGGGGGUCCAGUGGUAGUCAGGCCAGUGACAGUGAGGGACAUUCAGAAGAGUCAGACACACAGUCAGUGUCAGGCCAUGGACAGGCUGGGCCCCAUCAGCAGAGCCACCAAGAGUCCACACGUGACCGGUCAGGGGGAAGGUCUGGACGUUCAGGGUCUUUCCUCUACCAGGUGAGCACUCAUCAACAGUCUGAGUCCUCCCAUGGAUGGACAGGGCCCAGCACCAGAGGAAGACAAGGAUCCCGCCAUGAGCAGGCACAAGACAGCUCCAGGAACUCAGCAUCCCAAGACAGUCAGGACACCAUUCGUGGACACCCGGGGUCAAGCAGAGGAGAAAGGCAGGGGUACCACCACCAGCAAUUGGUAGAUAGCUCUGGACACUCAGGGUCCCAUCACAGCCACACAACAUCCCAGGGAAGCUCUCAUGCCUCCCAUGGGCAGUCAGGAUCCAGAAGUGCAAGCAGAACAACACGUAAUAAGGAACAAUCAGGAGACGGCUCCAGGCACUCAGGGUCGCGUCACCAUGAAGCUUCCACUCAUGCCGACAGCUCUAGACACUCACAGGCGGGCCAGGGACAAUCAGAGGGGUCCAGGACAAGCAGGCGCCAAGGAUCCAGUGUUAGCCAGUACAGGGACAGUGAGGGACACUCAGAAGACUCUGAGAGGCAGUCUGAGUCGGCUACCAGAAACCAUUAUGGAUCUGCUCGGGAGCAGUCAAGACAUGGCUCCAGGAACCCCAGGUCCCAUCAAGAAGACAGAGCCAGUCACGGGCACUCUGCAGACAGCUCCAGACAAUCAGGCACUCGUCACACAGAGACUUCCUCUCAUGGACAGGCUGCAUCAUCCCAGGAACAGGCAAGGUCAAGUCCAGGAGAAAGACAUGGAUCCCGACACCAGCAGUCAGCAGACAGCUCCACAGACUCAGGCACUGGGCGCAGACAAGCUUCAUCUGUAGUCAGAGACAGUAGAAACCGAGGGUCCAGUGGUAGUCAGGCCAGUGACAGCGAGGGACACUCAGAAGAGUCAGACACACAGUCAGUGUCAGCCCACGGACAGGCUGGGCCCCGUCAGCAGAGCCACCAAGAGUCCACACGUGCCCAGUCAAGGGAAAGGUCUGGACGUUCAGGGUCUUUCCUCUACCAGGUGAGCUCUCAUGAACAGUCUGAGUCCGCCCAUGGACAGACCGGGACCAGCACUGGAGGAAGACAAAGAUCCCGCCAUGAGCAGGCACGAGACAAGUCCAGGCACUCAGCAUCCCAAGAGGGUCAGGACACCAUUCAUGGACACCCGGGGUCAAGCAGAGGAGGAAGGCAGGGAUCCCACUACGAGCAAUCGGUAGAUAGGUCUGGACACUCAGGGUCUCAUCACAGCCACACCACGUCACAGGGAAGGUCUGAUGCCUCCCAUGGGCAGUCAGGAUCCAGAAGUGCAAGCAGAACAACACGAAAUGAGGAACAAUCACGAGACGGCUCCAGGCACUCAGGGUCGCGUCACCAUGAAGCUUCCUCUCAGGCCGACAGCUCUAGACACUCGCAGGUGGGCCAGGGACAAUCAUCGGGGCCCAGGACAAGCAGGAACCAGGGAUCCAGUGUUAACCAGGACAGGGACAGUCAGGGACACUCAGAAGACUCUGAGAGGCAGUCUGACUCGGCUUCCAGAAACCGUUAUGGAUCUGCUCGGGAGCAGUCAAGACAUGGCUCCAGGAACCCCAGGUCCCAUCAAGAAGACAGAGCCAGUCACGGGCACUCUGCAGACAGCUCCAGACAAUCAGGCACUCGUCACACAGAGUCUUCCUCUCAUGGACAGGCUGCGUCAUCCCAUGAACAGGCAAGAUCAAGUGCAGGAGAAAGACAUGGAUCCCGCCACCAGCUCCAGUCAGCAGACAGCUCCAGACACUCAGGCAUUGGGCAUGGACAAGCUUCAUCUGCAGUCACAGACAGUGGACACCGAGGGUCCAGUGGUAGUCAGGCCAGUGACAGUGAGGGACAUUCAGAAGACUCAGACACACAGUCAGUGUCAGCCCACGGACAGGCUGGGCCCCGUCAGCAGAGCCACCAAGAGUCCACACGUGGCCGGUCAGCGGAAAGGUCUGGACGUUCAGGGUCUUUCCUCUACCAGGUGAGCACUCAUGAACAGUCUGAGUCCGCCCAUGGACAGACGGGUACCAGCACUGGAGGAAGACAAGGAUCCCACCACGAGCAGGCACGAGAAAGCUCCAGGCACUCAGCGUCCCAAGAGGGUCAGGACACCAUUCGUGCACACCCGGGGACAAGCAGAGGAGGAAGGCAGGGAUCCCACCACGGCCAAUCAGUAGAUAGGUCUGGACACUCAGGGUCCCAUCACAGCCACACCACAUCCCAGGGAAGGUCUGAUGCCUCCCGUGGGCAGUCAGGAUCCAGAAGUGCAAGCAGACAAACUCGUAAUGACGAACAAUCAGGAGACGGCUCCAGGCACUCAGGGUUGCAUCACCAUGAAGCUUCCACUCAGGCCGACAGCUCUAGACACUCACAGUCUGGCCAGGGACAAUCAGCGGGGCCCAGGACAAGCAGGAACCAGGGAUCCAGUGUUAGCCAGGACAGUGACAGUCAGGGACACUCAGAAGACUCUGAGAGGUGGUCUGGGUCUGCUUCCAGAAACCAUCAUGGAUCUGCUCGGGAGCAGUCAAGGCAUGGCUCCAGGAACCCCAGGUCCCAUCAAGAAGACAGAGCCGGUCACGGGCACUCUGCAGACAGCUCCAGACAAGCAGGCACUCAUCUCGCAGAGAAUUCCUCUCGUGGACAGGCUGCAUCAUCCCAUGAACAGGCAAGAUCAAGUGCAGGAGAGAGACAUGGAUCCCACCACCAGCAGUCAGCAGACAGCUCCAGACACUCAGGCAUUGGGCACGGACAAGCUUCAUCUGUAGUCAGAGACAGUGGACACCGAGGGUCCAGUGGUAGUCAGGCCAGUGACAGUGAGGGACAUUCAGAAGACUCAGACACACAGUCAGUGUCAGCCCACGGACAGGCUGGGCCCCAUCAGCAGAGCCACCAAGAGUCCACACGUGGCCAGUCAGCAGAAAGGUCUGGACGUUCAGGGUCUUUCCUCUACCAGGUGAGCACUCAUGAACAGUCUGAGUCUGCCCACGGACGGACUGGGCCCAGCACUGGAGGAAGACAAGGAUCCCGCUACGAGCAGGCACGAGACAGCUCCAGGCACUCAGCAUCCCAAGAGGGUCAGGACACCAUUCGUGGACACCCGGGGUCAAGGAGAGGAGGAAGACAGGGAUCCUACCACGAGCAAUCGGUAGAUAGGUCUGGACACUCAGGGUCCCAUCACAGCCACACCACAUCCCAGGGAAGGUCUGAUGCCUCCCAUGGGCAGUCAGGAUCCAGAAGUGCAAGCAGACAAACACGUAACGAGGAACAGUCAAGAGACGGCUCCAGGCACUCAGGGUCACGUCACCAUGAAGCUUCCACUCAGGCCUACAGCUCUAGACACUCACAGUCCGGCCAGGGCGAAUCAGCGGGGUCCAGGAGAAGCAGGCGCCAGGGAUCCAGUGUUAGCCAGGACAGUGACAGUGAGGCAUACCCAGAGGACUCUGAGAGGCGAUCUGAGUCUGCUUCCAGAAACCGUCAUGGAUCUUCUCAGGAGCAGUCAAGAGAUGGCUCCAGACACCCCGGAUCCUCUCACCGCGAUACAGCCAGUCAUGUACAGUCUUCACCUGUACAGUCAGACUCUAGUACCGCUAAGGAACAUGGUCACUUUAGUAGUCUUUCACAAGAUUCUGCGUAUCGCUCAGGAAUACAGUCACAUGGCAGUCCUCACAGUUCUAGUUCUUAUCAUUAUCAUUCUGAGGGCACUGAAAGGCAAAAAGGUCAAUCAGGUUUAGUUUGGAGACAUGGCAGCUAUGGUAGUGCAGAUUAUGAUUAUGGUGAAUCCGGGUUCAGACACUCUCAGCACGGAAGUGUUAGUUACAAUUCCAAUCCUGUUGUUUUCAAGGAAAGAUCUGAUAUCUGUAAAGCAAGUGCAUUUGGUAAAGAUCAUCCAAGGUAUUAUGCAAUGUAUAUUAAUAAGGACCCAGGUUUAUGUGGCCAUUCUAGUGAUAUAUCAAAACAACUGGGAUUUAGUCAGUCACAGAGAUACUAUUACUACGAGUAAGAAAUUAAUGGCAAAGGAAUUAAUCCAAGAAUAGAAGAAUGAAGCAAGUUCACUUUCAAUCAAGAAACUUCAUAAUACUUUCAGGGAAGUUAUCUUUUCCUGUCAAUCUGUUUAAAAUAUGCUAUAGUAUUUCAUUAGUUUGGUGGUAGUUUAUUUUUAUUGUGUAAUGAUCUUUAAAUGCUAUAUUUCAGACAUAUUAAAUGGAAGAAAUCAAUAUCAUGGAGAGCUAACUUUAGAAAACUAGCUGGAGUAUUUUAGGAGAUUCUGGGUCAAGUAAUGUUUUAUGUUUUUGAAAGUUUAAGUUUUAGACACUUUCCAAAUUUCUAAAUUAAUCUUUUUCAGAAAUAUCGAAGGAGCCAAAAAUAUAAAACAGUUCUGUAUACCAAAGUGGCUAUAUCAACAUCAGGGCUAGCACAUCUUUCUCUAUUAUCCUUCUAUUGGAAUUCUAGUAUUCUGUAUUCAAAAAAAUCAUCCAGGACAUAAUUAAUAUUUUAGUAAGCUGCAUCUAAAUUAAAAAUAAACUAUUCAUCAUAUAAUACUGUUUGUCUCUUGUAUUCUUAUUUGUCAUAAACACAAAUUACAUACUUCCCCAUGGCCAGUAUUAGAUGUCUUCUAUGUC